AUGCGGCGGAACAGGGCCGUUCCCUGGAAUGUCGCUACCGACAUGCAAAGUGUGACGGGCGAAAGCCGAAAUGCCGCCGCUGCGAACGGACUGGAUCCACGUGCGUCUGGCAAGCUAUCACCUUGGGCUUUCGUCAUGGCUCUAGUGCCAAUGCCCAAUAUGAAUUCUCGGAUGAUCAGCCUUGGUUAUCUAUCGGCCACGGUUCGUGCCUCUCAAUUUGCCAGCCGAGACCCGUUGAAGCAUGUCACCAUUCCUAUCUAA